AUGCCGACAUUGCCACGCAAAAGUAAAGUAUUUUGGAAAUACUUCAAAUACCCGUGCACACUUGAACAGAUACCACCAGAGUUAUCAGAAGAAAAGGACAAUACACCAACACCAGCUGCAGCUGACCAACGCACUCUCCACCAGUUUACAAAACUACCACCCAGUUCUGUACGGGCAAAGAAGCUAACGACAGCCAUCGGCUGUUUCAUUGCAAAAGACAUGCAACCAUACAGAUCAGUGGAGAAAGAGGGCUUUCGGUUCAUGUGGAAAGUUGCAGAGCCACGGUAUGUUAUACCAUCACGCGCCGUAUUCACAGACACUGUUGUGCCCCAUCUUUACAGAGAGACUAAGGAAAAAGUUGGGAACGCUGUUAUUAAAGCCGCCCGAGUAGCGCUUACAUGUGACCACUGGACCUCUAGGGCAACCGAGUCGUACACCACAUUCACUGCCCAUUACAUCACAGAUGAAUGGGAGCUCAAGUCUCAAGUUUUGCAAACAAGGGCGAUGCAUGUAAGUCAUAGUGCUACUAACGUGAAUGAAACAUUUCACGCAGUCGCACGAGAAUGGGGGCUGACGCUCAGUGACUUGGUGAUUGUUACUGAUAACGCAGCCAACAUGAUUGCUGCUAUGCGGCUUGAUGAUGAGCUAACACACAUAACGUGUUUUGCACACACACUCAACCUCGCAGUCCAGAAGGCUCUGAAGCUUCCUACUGUUGCCCGGCUGCUAGGGAGAAUCAGACGAAUAACCGGGUUCUUCCACAGGAGCGCCGUGGCAGCUGACGCCCUAAAAGCGAGUCAGAAUGAGAAGGGGAUCUCGGAUCACUCAUUGAUAACCGACGUCACAACCAGAUGGAAUAGCGUGCACGAUAUGGUGGAACGGUUUCUGGAGCAGCUACCUGCUGUAUGUGCUGCUCUUGCCUCUCCUGAUGUGAGAAGAAAUAACAGCACCGACAGUGCCGCGCUAACUGAUGUAGAAAUCAAACAUGCUGAAGAAAUAGUCAUGACACUCAGACCAUUGAAAGAUGCCACCAACAUUAUGUCCGAGGAUUCCUCUCCCACACUGUCAAUCAUAGCUCCACUGACUGCACAGCUGAUUCAAGACACAGAGUUGGACUUGGCUGACUCUCCAAUGGUCCGUGACAUCAAACGGGCGGUCCAUGAGGACUUAGCACCAAGAUACAGCAGUGUGAAAACUCAGAACCUUCUUCACAUGGCCUCACUCGACCCCCGGUUUAAAGCACUGCCUUUCCUCUCUGAAGAAGAACAGCAGGACAUCCAUGCCAGGAUGAUAGCAGAGGCUGUAGCACUCGAGGACCCAGGAGAGGCUGAAGGCAGUCCUGUGGAGCCAGAGACAGGCCAAACUGAAGGCCCUGCUCCAAAAAGAAGAUCAACAUCUGCUGCACUGGUCAAUCUGCUGGGGAAGACAUUCACUGAGGUCAGAGCUGCCCCCAAAUCAGUCAGUACCAGAGCUGAGGAGGAGAUGAAAAAGUACUCGGAGCAACCUGCACUCCCUCUCACAGAAGACCCCCUUAUGUGGUGGAAGUCCAAAGAGAAAGAUCUCCCUCUACUAGCCAAAUUAGCUAAACGCAUUCUAUGUAUCCCUGGUACAAGUGUUGCAGCAGAGAGAGUAUUCUCUACUGCUGGAGAUGUAGUGACAGCUCAGCGGAGCUGUCUCUUAUCAGAGCAUGUAGAUCAGCUCAUUUUCCUCCAAAAGAACCUACAGAUUAGUGACUAUGAUAAUUAA